CGUCAGUUGGCAAGGGUCUGGAUUUUGGUGGAUGACUGACAUAUAGACGCGAGUGACGUCAGAAUCAUCAACGCCAACAACGGAUACAUUAUGUGCCGUCUUACUCUGUCAUCGGAGAGUUCUGAAGAUAUACACGUCAUUUGUUGUUGUAAUGGCAGGAGAUAAAAGUGGAUAUCGAGGAUAAAGUCAUUUUAGGGGUGACUAGGAAUAAAAUGAUUACGAAGGAUGCAGGACCACGGCUUCUCUAUAUGGCGGCGGCCCUAGCAUUAUUUGUCAGAGGGGUCAAUACCAAGGGUCAUGAUUUUGACGCACGUGCAAUGAUCGAGAAAAUGAGCGCGCUACAGACUUACAUGGAAGACCUCGAAUUCAUUGAAGCAAAAGAAGAGAGUCACGGUAUAAGAGGUACAGAGUCGGUUGCAGAAGAAACGCAGCGCAAAAUUUGUAUGAAGUUAAAUGAGGAUGGAAUAAAGGUCAACAGCUUUGACGACUAUCAUGGGGAAGUCAAGGUCGACGUCCAAAACUGGGACAACUGUCUACGAUUGUUGACCAAUAGACUGACCAUUGCUGACUGGAAUUUUCAGACAGACAUAACGGAAAAGAACGAAAAAAAUUUAAAAGAUGAAACUUUAGAAUAUUCAAAAUGGAGCAAAGGCCUGGCCCGAGAUGCCCAGCGUUAUAUCAAUGACAAAAGAUAUUCAUCUUUGAACCAUGACCUUCAAAGAAAGCUCCGUUUCAUGGCUUUUAAUACGGACCCCAUUGAUGAAGAUGAGAUGAAAGAACAUGUUGACGCUCAAUCAAACCUUCAACAGAUUUACAGCAAAGCAACGGUUGAAGCUGAUCAAAAUGGUGCAGGUGUAAAGAAACUUAAUCUAGAGCCAGAGUUAACAGAAAUAAUGGCGAAGUCGAGAGACUCGAACUUGUUGUUAGCGGCAUGGUGGGGUUGGCGUAAUGCUACUGGGCCAUCAAUGAGGGAUGAUUACUCCACUUUAGUUCGUUUGUUGAACAAAGGAGCUAGAGACCACAAGUUCAAGAAUUACGCCGAGGCAUGGAUACAAUCUCAAUUCGAUGAUACUCCACACCUUGAGUCAAUCACAGAAGAACUCUGGACCAGCAUGCUUCCUUUGUACGAACAACUUCACGCGUACAUACGAACAAAACUGCAGCAGAAGUACCCGGAAUACAAUCACAUUUUUGAAAAAGGCGGUAUUCCUGCCCAUCUUUCCGGAAACAUGUGGGCACAGAAUUGGGAAAACAUUUAUGACCUUGUUGCACCAUUUCCAGAGAUGGAAGAACCUGAUUACGACGCCGAAUUAAAAUCUCAGGGAUAUACUGUCGACAAAAUGUUCCAAACUGCGGAGCAAUUCUACAAAUCUAUCGGCCUUUACCCUAUGUCACGUGAAUUUAAUGAGUUAUCAAUGAAGGAACGACCUGAAAACAAAGAUGUAGUUUGUCAUGCUUCAGCUAGUGAUUUCUUCUCUGAGAAACCGAAGAAAGAUUUUAGGAUAAAAAUGUGCACGGUGAUAGACAUGGACUCGUUUGAGACGAUUCACCACGAGAUGGGUCAUAUAGAAUACUUCAUGGCUUAUCAGGACCAACCGGCUAUUUAUAGAAAUGGCGCUAAUUCGGCGUUUCAUGAAGCAAUUGGUGAUACAAUCAGUUUGUCUGUCAGGUCAACAAAACAUCUUAAAGCUAUAGGUCUUUACGGAAAUAAGGGCAAAAGUAGACGGUCGAUAUAUAAAAAUGAACGGAAAAGAUUGAUACAUCUAUUACGAGAACUAGAAGAUAAAGAAAAAAGUUAGUGAUUUUGAAUUUGG